ACAAAGCACCCACAAAGAAAUAUCCCCAAACCGCAACAGAAUUCUCCCUGCACAGGCUUGGGUAUUUAUACCCAGGGGUAGGAACUGAUUGGUGGGUUCGUAUGCAAAUAAGGGAUACUGAAAGUGACAAAUGAGGGAUGCUGAAAGUGAGAGGGGCGUGUCCAAAAGAGAGGGGCAUGUAGGAUGAACACUCCCGCCAGUAGUUCUCACUCAGGUCCGGGGAGGGUUUUACCGAGGCAGAAGGUAGAUGUUGUGGCUUGUCAGCUCAGGCUUGUCCCGAAAUGGCGCCGGAUCGCCAAAAUGAAGUUGGUCGUGUCUAUCGGUGUCAAUCAUACGUAUAUCCACUGCCUGACGGGUAGCACGUACUCAAUAAACGUCCGUUUAACAAAGGAAAGAUCUAUGGAAGGUAGGCGGAGGAUUAUUACUCACAGGGGUCUGCAGGGGCUGCUGAAGUCAGAGCGAGCGAUGAUUGCAGACAAGAGGAUCGUGGAGGAAGCGUGAAGAUAUGUUAAGAAAGUAAUAUUGGAUAUGCUGUUGAGACGUAGGGAAAAGCAGAUUUCUGGCUUAGGUAUCUGGAAGAUUGUUGGUGCAAUUCAGGGUAAGAGAGUAAAGAAAGGGUAGGGGUUGUUUGGAUGAGUUCGCGGUUGGUUUGGUCGAGUUGUUGGGACAAGCAGGUUGAAGUAUCCAGUAAGUAGCUGGGUAUAAGGGUCUGAGCUGGAAUGAAUCUGGAUGUUAGUUGAAAACAUGGAUGUGGGUAAGGCUUCCGGAAAAGUGAAGAAUGGAGGAAUGUGGGGGAGGGGCCAGUAGGGAGGCACAGCCCAGGUGGACACGCGGAUUUAGGGACAGGCAGAGGAAUAGGAGAAUGAGGAAAGACGGAGGGCGACAUUUUGAAAGCCAAGUUUCAAGGCAGUAUCGGACGCCUCCUGGAGGUCAAAAGGAGAAUGACAAGUCUAAUCUAGCCCUGGGUCCAACUAGACCCCGAAGAGCGGAGGCGGGUGGGGAUGGGGCAAAGCCACACCGCGGGCAACAACUACGUUGAAAGCCGAUGGCCUUAGUAGUACUGUACUCUUUAAUGGAGUUUGGCUUUGAGGAAGACAGAAAGGGAAAGGUUUGGAGGAUAAUUUAUGGCUCAAGGGGAUAAUCAGCUUCAGAAUCCGGUACCCUUGACUGGUAGUUAACUCGUCUGCUGGAGGCUCUCUGCAGUCCUUUUGGGCCCUUGGGAUUUCCCUCGCUGUAAGCUGGGGGGGGGGGACCUACCAUCCUAAACUGGAAGAAAAAAUUACCAAUUAAAAAAAAAAAACAGAACAGCGUUUCGUUUGAAAACCUCUUUAAAAAUCCUGCCAUGCAAAUAAGGGGCUUUAAUGUGGCUCCCAGCGAUUGGUAGGCACUUAAAACAAUCCGUCAUUUCCUCGUAGUGUAAGAUGCAAACGAAGAGUCUGCUUUCAGCUUCCCUAUUGGCUGUUUGAUCGGGCUCCGCUUUUAGCCAAUCAAACGACUUUCCUUCACCCCUCCCGGUAGCUCUUAUAAAUCACAUCAAACUCGUUAUCCUUUUCAUAUCCUUCUCCUUGAAAAACCAGCCGUAACUGCAUAUUUACCCGUAAUGUCAGGACGCGGAAAGCAGGGGGGCAAAGCUCGCGCUAAGGCCAAGUCGCGCUCAUCUCGCGCUGGCCUUCAGUUCCCGGUGGGGAGAGUGCACCGCCUGCUGCGCAAAGGCAACUAUGCCGAGCGGGUGGGGGCCGGCGCGCCGGUGUACCUGGCGGCCGUGCUCGAGUACCUGACCGCAGAAAUUCUGGAGCUGGCGGGGAACGCAGCUCGAGACAACAAGAAGACGCGCAUCAUCCCUCGCCAUUUGCAGCUAGCCGUAAGAAAUGACGAAGAGCUCAACAAGUUACUUGGAGGUGUCACUAUUGCCCAGGGCGGCGUCCUGCCCAAUAUCCAGGCAGUCUUGUUGCCCAAGAAAACGGAGAGUCACAAACCUGGCAAGAAUAAGUAACUAGGGAGGUUGACACCACCCCUACUCACCCCAAAGGCUCUUUUAAGAGCCACUAAAGUAUCAAGUAAAGGGCUGAUCACGAAACAGCGCAUUAGCUCUUUUUUUGAGAACUUGGGUGGCUCUAAAAAGA